AUGGCGUCCCGCCUCAUCUACCUUACCCGACUCACACGUUCAUUCACACACACUCACCCACAACCAUAUCUCCUCUCCCUACAACACCACCGCCACGCCUCCAACAACUCCAACUCCAACCCCAAUCCCAACCCCUUUCAAUUCACACCAUCGCCGCCGCGCCUCCCACCCGACGAACAAGCCGAAUUCGAGCGACUCCAGCGCACAGCCAACACGCAAGAAGGCUUCAACCCGACCUCAACCCCAGAUUUCAGCUCACCCAUUGCUUCCAAUCCCUCUACCACAGCAGCAGCAGCAGCAGCUACGCCAGCCGUCGAAGACGACCUCCCAUCGAUACCGCUGCGAAAAGGCGCGCCCCCCGAAUUCGAAGGCGACGUCAACCCCAAGACGGGCGAGGUCGGCGGGCCCAAGAACGAGCCCCUGCGCUGGGGACCAGCGGGCGAUUAUAGCUUCAACGGGCGGGUUACCGAUUUCUAG